GAGUGAUCUGUGACCGUCGUCUUCACGUCCUCUUCGCUCCACGCCGAGCUCAGCUCACAGGGCUCGACCGCCGUUUACGAAAAUCUUAACGACCUCUCAGCGACACCACAUUUUUACCCGAGACCAACUCCAUUUUUGGCUCUCUGACGAUCUUUACAAGCUCACUCGCUUCAUAUCACCAUAUCACUGACCUCAUACGAUGUGGUGUGACAACUGUCUGCUUGUUCUUCCCUUGAGAUCCGGCGCCAUUGCUUGGGCCCUCUGUAUCGCGAUCUACAGUCUUGCCGGGGGCAUUUUCCUGCUCGAGUAUGGCCAAUACCUUUUUUUCAAUCGCCCUGAAUGGCAAAUCUAUGGUGGUGUUGGAAUGGGUAUCAUGGGCCUCGCGAUCGUCACCAUCCUCGCUCUAUCCAAUCGUUCGUAUGUCUUCACGCGGGCCAUGCAAUUUGUUUGGCCCUUUGCCAUCGUUAUAUCGGCGCUGAGAGCCAUCGUCAUGAUUGUGGAGUUGCAGCGAGGAAAGGCAGCCAUCGAAUGGGAAUGUGACAACGGGGGUGCGCUCUACUACGAGUCGGUCGCUAAGAAUAUCAGUGCAACGCCGGUUUGGCCGGCUGAGUUCUGCAUCGUGGGGUACCCCACCAUCAACGCAUCGUUCAUCGUGUCGUUGGCUGUGGAUCUGAUCUUUCAGAUUUACAUGUUCUUCUUGGUCUGGCGGUACUCUACACGUUUGCUGACCUACUCUGGGAUGAAAGGUCCAUUUGGCAACGGUGAAUUUCACUCAACCGAGCACAAGUGCGGGGCUGACGAGCUCGCGCAGGAUACUACGCAUAGGCUGGAUCCGUUAUCGCUAUCUUCUCGGACAUUUUCUGCUCUGAUAGUCCACUUUAUUUCUCGACCCUUCACGACCCACUGUGACGACUCUUACGACAUACUAAUGAAUGGCCUCUUUUAUCAUGACUUAUUCCCUUACGAUUCGUGUAUCUAGUUGUAUGCAUCCAGUGCGUCUGGUUGAUUAUCUUCGGGCUGAUAAGCACACGAAUCCC